AUGACCAUGCCAACAACUGAUACUGAUGGGUCUUUGGAUGAGUCCAUAGAGCCAACAUCUGACACAAGAAGGGCAGUGUCACGAAAUGAUGCUGAGAGGAUGUUGGCUGGGUCACUAGGUCACAAUGACAUGGUCCGUUGUUUCUCCUGUGGUGUUGAACUCUUUGACUGGAUACCUGGUGCUGACCCCCUGACCCAACAUGCUUGUGCCUCUCCUGUUUGUUACUUCAUGCUGCACAGCAAAGGUCAAGAGUUUAUCAAUAGUGUUCAACAUCAAGAGCUUGUGGUUGGCAUGAAACAAGACAGUCAAGCUCAAGACCAAUCUGGUGACCCCGAUGUGAGAGAAAGUCAGAACACCAGUCGCAACGAGGAUGUAAAUCUGGUGACUUGCCAGAUGUGUCUUGACGCACCCAUGCAGGUCUUGCUGCGUCCGUGUAACCAUCUGUGCUGCUGUGCUCUGUGUGUUUCCAAACUGGACGGACGAUGCCCCAUUUGUCGACAAAUUACCACAGACAUGGAGAAAGUCUAUGUGUCUUGA